GGCGGGGCGAUGGAUAAACUGACCAUCAUCUCAGGAUGUCUCUUUCUGGCUGCCUAUAUCUUCGCCAUCGCCAGCAUCGCCAACCCGGACUGGAUCAACACCGGGGAGUCGGCGGGAGCUCUCACCGUGGGCCUAGUGCGACAGUGUCAAACAAUCCAUGGACGAGACCGGACCUGCAUCCCUCCCCGGCUUCCCCUAGAGUGGGUCACCACCCUGUUUUUUAUCAUCAUGGGAAUCAUUUCCUUGACUGUUACAUGUGGUUUGCUGGUGGCUUCCCACUGGCGAAGAGAAGCUACAAAAUACGCUCGAUGGAUAGCUUUCACUGGAAGUAAGUAGUCUGCUAAGUUGUAGAAGGCACGCGUGUUUACGAAGAUUACCAAGAUCAGUCCUAAGGACUCGAUAAAUCUUCCCGGAGCAUCUCUCACAUGGCAUGAGAUAGACUGCACAGUCCCAUCAGCUCUUCAGUGUUCUCACUGCAGGACCAGGACGCCCUCAGCCAUUACUGCUUUGUGUGAAUGCUCUUUUAUGAGGCUUUUUUUUUUUUUAACUGUCUGUAACAUAAGUGUUUCAGGUUUGUGAUUCAGAGGUGCCACUAGUCUAAGUGCUUUCCACUUCUUGAAAGUACUGGUAUCCUCUGUCAAAAUAAAGAAAAAUCUAGGCAAACAUAUAACAUAGAUGAAGGCAAUAAUUUGCUUUCUAAUAGUGUUGAUUUUUGUUUCUGCUGGGUUGAAUGACCAUUGAAAACCAAUACAUUUAGUUUUUCCAGUAAUUGUUUAUCAAAGUUUCUUACUCUACUAAGCUGGUCUUGGUGGUGUCAUAAAUUUAUAUAUUACAUAUAAUAUUCACUUGUAAUUUGCAAAAAUGUUUUAAUUUCUGAACACUUCAGAAGCUUAUCCCAAGCUUG